AUCAUAUGACCACCAGUUUCCAAAUUAACUCUGGCACCUUUUUUGCAAAGUUGUUGAUUGCAAUUGCAAAGCGUGCCUUCGGUGUGGAGGAGCAUCUGGGUCCCCCAUCGCCCAAUCCAGCCCCAGAUAGACUUCCCAGAGAGUGAACCUUCUCUGUUGUUUGUUUCCCUGUAGGAGAAGCAUCAGGAAUGGAUCUGCAAGGGCUUCGAAAAUGGCAUCGAAGGAUCUCUGGCGAGCUGGAUUCUGUGGUGGCAUUCUGGCUCCAGCACUCCCACGACGAAGAAUACGGGGGCUUCUUUACAUGUCUGGGCCAGGAUGGAAAAGUUUAUGACGACUUGAAAUAUGUCUGGUUGCAAGGGCGGCAGGUUUGGAUGUACAGUCGCUUAUAUCGGAAAGUACCACGGUUCCAGCGCCCUGAAAUCUUGCAAGCAGCCAGAGCAGGUGGGGAGUUUUUGCUCCAGCAUGGGCGUGUGGCCCUACCUUCCCAGAAGUGCGCCUUUGUCCUGACCCGUGAUGGGCGUCCGGUGAAAAUCCAGCGCACCAUUUUCAGCGAGUGCUUCUACAUCCUUGGACUGGAUGAGCUUGGGCGAGCGACAGGAGAAUCCCGAUACCAGAGGGAAGCACAGACGAUGAUGGAAGCCAUCGUGCGCUGGGUGAGAGAGGACCCCUCUGAGCUGGGGCGCCCACAGUUGGCUGGAGCUGCUCCCCACGACUCCAUGGCUGUUCCCAUGAUGCUCCUCAAUCUGGUGGACCAGCUGUCAGAAGGAGAUGGGGAGGCUGCAAGCCAAUUCAAUGAGCUGGGGAACUGGGCUGCUCAGCGAAUCCUCAUGCAUGUGCAGAAGAAUGGCACUGCUGUAUUGGAGAAUGUGUCUGAAGAUGGCAAGGAAUUACCAGGGUGUUUGGGAAGACAACAGAAUCCUGGUCAUGCUCUGGAAGCAGGCUGGUUCCUGCUCCGUCAUGCCCAGCGCCAGCAAGACUCAGCCCUCCGGUCCCAGGCUGUGGAGAAGUUUAUAAAGCAGCCGUUCCAUUCGGGCUGGGAUCCUGAGCAUGGGGGUCUUUUUUCCUUCCAAGAUGUGGAUGGGCUCUGCCCUACUCAGCUGGAAUGGAACAUGAAGCUUUGGUGGCCACACACAGAGGCAAUGAUUGCUUUCUUAAUGGGUUUUGCAGACACACAAGACCAAGAGCUCUUAGAACUGUUUGAUCAGAUGGCAAAAUACACAUUUGAUAAGUUUCAUGACCCAGAGGCGGGUGAGUGGUUUGGUUAUCUGGCCCAAGACGGCAAGGUGGCGCUCACAAUCAAAGGAGGACCAUUUAAAGGCUGUUUCCAUGUCCCCCGUGCGCUCUAUAUGUGUGAAGAUAUUCUGGAAACACUCAUAAGGGAAACUGAAUCUAAAAGUGGGAAAUGAAUCACUCCACUGACUCUUGUAUCGAGUCAAAACCUGGGGCUUCUCCAUAUUAUUUCUCCAAUGGAUCUUAAUUUUAAUCACACUCAUAUCAUGAUAGUAGUAACAAACAAACAAAAAGCUUUCACGCUUCUCAUUACAAAUGCUAAUGGCUACUAACCAGACUACACAUUUUGGGCAAGCUUAUAUAAUUGCAAAGCUUUUGGCUGCACCAAAGCUUUUGGCUGCUAUAUGGCUGCACCAUUAUGAGCAAGCUCACUGUAUGACUGCGAAAUGAUUCAAUUAAUAAUAUUUUAGUUCUUCUUAGUUGUUGGGGUAAUGGGAGAAUUUCCUUUGAUGCUCUCCUCACUUUGUCUUUCUUUGGCUGCAGAGUCUUUCCUGCUUGUCAACUUGUCACAAUUCAAGUACCUUCUGCCUUUUCUGGAUAUGGGCAUUACAGAAUUUGUUUUAAUAAAUAAAAAUUGCAAUUGUGUUUUUUUCACUUUA